GCAAAGUGUUGUAGUCACUGCCAUGAGGAAGGUAGAUGGGAUAAAUAUUUCCCUUCGCCUCCCUUGGCCUUGGUUUUGGAUGUAUGGUUUUGCGAAAUUUCCUUCGUCUGCUUUGGCACGUCAAGUUGCCAACUCGGUUUGGGAAUCUUGAUUUCGUCUUGAACUUGCUCCUGGUUCAACUGAAAUGGUUCCGCAUGCAGAUUCUCCGCACGAUUCAGGCCUCUCAGCCCCUGAAUCGACACGGGGCUCCAUCCCGCCCGCAGCCGACACUCCCCUCGAUCUCCAAACCAAGGAAAACACGGCAUCCGAUGAGACCCCUAUCGAGAGUGACCGUUCGGCAGGAGAGGAGGCCGAGUUUAAAGAAGGGGGUUAUGGCUGGGUCGUCGUGGUCUCGGUCUUGCUAGUCAAUGCCCAUACCUGGGGCCUCAACUCGGCCUAUGCCGUCUUCCUUGCCUACUACCUGAGAUCCGGCGCCGUUGCCGGUGCCUCUCCGCUUGGUUUUGCCUUCGUUGGUGGCUUGUCAAUAUCAAUAGCACUCCUCGUGUCUCCGCUUGUCACUUGGUGCAUUGGCCGAUUUGGAACAGCAUUUGCCUUACGGGUUGGCGUCGUGCUUGAGGCUGGUUCGUUUAUCGGAGCUUCGUUCUCAACCCAUAUAUGGCACCUUCUGCUCAGCCAGGGCGUAUGCUUCGGCCUUGGGUUGGGCUUCUGCUUCACAGCAACUGUAGGCGUCGUCCCCCAGUGGUUUACCAAACGGCGCUCUUUUGCGAACGCGGUGGCCACUUGCGGCUCCGGCUUUGGCGGUCUUACCUACUCGCUAGCCACUAAUGCCAUGAUCUCCAACCUCGGUCUGGCCUGGGCGUUUCGCAUUCUGGCCAUCCUGGCCUUUGUUGUUAACGGAGCAUGCAGCUUGAUUGUGAGAGACAGGAACAAAGCCGUCGGCGCCGUGCACAUAGCCUUCCACAAGGACCUCUUCAAGCUGACCGAAUUCUGGCUUUUCCUGGGAUGGGGCUUCUUCAGCUUGUUGAGCUAUGUCAUUGUCGUCUUUUCACUCCCGGACUAUGCCCAGCAGGUUGGCUUCACUGCAAGCCAGGGCUCUCUCGCAGGGGCUCUGUUCAACUUAUCCCAAGGAAUUGGCAGGCCGAUCAUAGGCUUCGUGAGCGACCGUCUUGGAAGAAUCAACGUUGCCGCACUUGGAACUCUGAUUGCUGGCCUGGCGGCCUUCUUUCUCUGGAUCUUUGCUGGCCCUCAUUUCGGAGGGCUCGUAGUGUAUGCCCUCUUUGGCAUGUUUGCCGGUAUCAUCUGGCCCUGUGUGGCACCUGUUGGAGCCGAGGUUGUUGGCCUGCAGUUGUUACCUGCUGCCUUGUCCAUCUAUUGGCUUGUUUUGGUCUUGCCAGCGACCUUCUCGGAAGUAAUCGCCUUGAGCCUUAGAUCAACCGGCGUUGCUGGAUACAUCAAUGUCCAAGUCUUUACCGGGACAAUGUAUAUCGCUUCGUUCUUGUCCUUAUGGCUCCUGAGAAGCUGGAAAUUGCAGCAGCUGGAACUCCUAGGCCUGAAUGAUCAGCAAAUAGCAGAUUAUCGUCCCGGAUCGGUCCGUUCAUAUCUCCGCGGCAUGCUCACGGUCAGGCGUGUAUGAUGUUGAAGAAGACCAUUUCUCGCAGCGAAUUGGACGAUAGGACAAUAGAGUGUGAAGUAAUAGAGUGGUAUAUACGUGCCGUGGGCCUUAUAACCAAAGGCUGCCGCUCUGCUAAGUGGCCCGCUGCUGGACAGCUCCGAUCUUGAACCGUACAUGCUUGGAUCGGG